GCUCUAUUUUGGAUUUCAUGUUUGUCAAAAUCACAGAAUACUUUUUGUAGAUGGGCAAAAUGUUAAAUGUCAAAUUGUGAAACGGAAAAGCGAAACGAAACUAAAUACAAAACAUACUAUUUCAGGACGAUAAAUAAUAAAUUAUUAGAACGUUUGCGUUGAAUAAAAAAAGCUAUAAUGGAAAAAAUUCCAGACCAGCUUGGGUAUCUCAUACUAACUGAGGACGGAGCAGUCCUGGAGUCUGGCGGUGACCUCGAGAACGACGAACGUGUUGCCACCAUCAUUACGGAUUUAAUCAGUUUAUCCAAUAGCAUCGAUCCUGUGGCUUAUGAUCCUGACGAAAAAUUCAAGAAAAUAACUAUAACAUAUGAUGACCACUGGUUUAUAAUAUGCAUAUCCAAUAAGAAGAUUUAUGUUGUGAAAAGGAAUAUACCCACAUCUUCAAUAGACAACGUUGCUGUCAACGUGUGAGCACAUAAUUUCAAUCAAAAUGGGCAGAAAUUUGCUAAUGAGCAGCCUCGAAAAUGCCUCAUUCAACAUAUUACUACAAAUUUUAUUUAGAUGUAUAACCUUUAUUAUAAAUGCCUGGGUGAUUAGAAACGUGGGUUAUGAAGUUAUUGGCAUAAUGAAUGUUAGAUUGCUACUACUUGAAAGCACAAUACUGUUUCUGAGUAGAGAGCCAUUUCAUCGUGCUUGUAUUGGCCAGAGGGAUGAGCCGAGUUGGAAACAAAUUAUUAAUCAAAUCUGGCUGUCAGUUCCUUUAAGCUGUGUCUUAUCAUUGGUCUUUGUUUAUAUUUGGCUGUAUAUGUUACCCUUGGGACAUCCCGAACAUGCUAUUCAAUAUGAGUUUGGGUGUUGGAGUGUAGCAUUGUCUUGCAUUUUAGAGCUUUGUUCAGCUAACAUGGCCCUUGUUGCACAAUUAUUCUGUUUUGUUAAACUAAAGGUUA